AUGGGUCAAGAAUUAAACCCAGAACAUUACAAGGCGACUUGUUACCAUUGUAAUAAAGUUUGGACAAGAGGAAAACCUAGUGUCUUAAAAGCUCAUCUCGCAAAUGAGUGUUUAAGUACACCUAAAGAUAUUA